GAAAUCAGGAUUUUAAAAAGAUUCCCAGGUGAUUCUAAUGUGCAGCCAAGGUUGAGAACCACUGCCCAACAUCCUUUGUCUUAAGCUAAAGAUGGUAUUUAAGGUGAUGGUUUCAGGCAUUCUGGUGAGUUACUCAGUUUCCCUGGGUAACUCCUAGCUCCCAAGUACGCAUGUUAUCAAAUGUUUUCUCUUGUUAAUGUGUCUCUUAGUAAAGGAAUGUCUCAGCCAAGAGUCCAGAAGGUAGAGGGAAAAUUAUUUUUCCUUCCCUACAGAGCUAUAAGCUAUACUAACCCUAGGUGAGUGGUAGGCUAUACCAUAUAGGUUUGUGUAACUAAAUUCUAUGGUAUUUCCGUAACGACGAGAUCGGCUAACAACCCAUUUUUCAGAAUGUAUCCCUGUUGUUAAGUGACACGUGAUUGUACUUAGUUUCCCUGUGGAGCAAAAGCGUCACUGCCCUCUUGCUUUUCAUAGGUAAUCUGCUUUUCUCAGGGAAGUUCUUUCUUAGAGGGGAGGAUUGGCUGGAGGGAAGGGACAUGCAGAGAAGGGCAGAAAUCCUAAUAAUGUUAUUAACUGCUACCUUUCAUUGAGUGCUUAUGUGCCAAGCACUGAUCUAAGUUUUUAUCACAUAUUUCAUUUAGUCUCAAUGGGUGAGUACAAUGUGAGCCCCAUUUUGCAGAUAAGGAAACUAAGGCAAGAGAACUUUGUUAACUUGCCCAAAUUUAUACAGCUAAAAAAAUAGGAUCUCAGCCAGGAUUCUGAGAUCCAAAGCCAGGCUUUCUGAUUCCAACACUGGCUUGUGCCUCUUAUUCAUCGAAGGAGGGGGAGAGUGAGAGAAAAACAUUGAUUUGUUGUUCCACUUAUAAAUACAUUCAUUGUACAGGCCCAUAACAUUUUCCACAACAACCCUAAGAGUAGCUUUCUUUCUUCCCCAUUUUACAGGUGGGAAAAUUGGAGCCCAGAGGUAGCUUGCCCAAUAUCACACCCCAGAGCUAUUUGAGCUUGUAGCCCACAACUUGACUCACAAAGUAGCUGAGGAAAAUGCGGAAUGACUCCAGAUUCUAGAAGGCAAGGCUGGCUUUAUAAUCUGAAAGGUCCACCAGGCAAUACGAUGGGGGGCAGUGAAGAUACUCAACCCCUACCCCCUACUGCCACCAUUACACACACACUCCCCUUUGGCAGACAGGUAGGAUUAUGGAGCUCAAUAUGCUGUCAGCUGGCUGGCCACUCCAGUAUAAAGCUCAUAAAAUGUAAAUGUAUUAGCUGGGGCAGAAAGUGGGGAGGGGUAGAAGGAAAUCAUUCACUAGGGAAUGCAUUUCUCAGAUCAGCUAGGCCAGUGGUUCUCAACCUUCUGGCCCUUUAAAUACAGUUCCUCAUGUUGUGACCCAACCAUAAAAUUAUUUUUGUUGCUACUUCCUAACUGUAAUGUUGCUACUGUUAUGAAUCGUAAUGUAAAUACCUGAUAUGCAGGAUGGUCUUAGGUGACCCCUGUGAAAGGGUCGUUCGACCGCCAAAGGGGUCGCGACCCACAGGUUGAGAACCGCUGAGCUAGGCAGUAUCAGGAGAGGGGUCUCCAAACUGAGUGACCUGAGAGAGGAUCUGCCCCCUAAGUGAAGCUAUAGCCAGUAGCUGGAAAGGGGAAGCUCGGGUCCAGCAGGAGAGGAGGAAGGCCUCCCAUUUGCUAAAGCCGGGGUGUGCCAGGUCCCACCCUCAGAGGCGGGGCCAGGCUAAGCCCCGUGGCCACAGUUCCAUCCUCCCAGAACCCAGGCAGGAGCAGAGCCGGGGCAGCUACGAGCCUGGGGCCCUGCUAUCCCAGAGUGGAGGCACCAUGCUCUCCGCGGCCGGGACAUCAGACAUCUCCAGAGGCCCUGCAAGGUCAGCUGCAGCAGUUCCCUGAAACAGGCCAGGCCAGGCUGAGGAGCGCCUGUCUCCAACUGCCAUCAACAGCAGCUGCUCCCAUGGACAGAAGCAGGCGUUCCCACAGGAUCCAGGACCCCUCCCUGUUUCCCGAUGUAGCCGUGGGGCCGGGGUGCUGGCGGGCUGAAAACAAGGAGCCAAGUGAAGGAAAGGACAGGGACAGAGCAGAGCUGCAAAGAGGCCAGCCCUGUCCAGCAGCUCCUCUCCCCUUUCCUGGGGGUCAGCUUCAGCCUCAGGGUGUGGGAGGUGUCCUCCUUGCUGCUGGCAUCUCCGCAUUCACUGCCAAUCCUCCUCCAACCUCCCCACGCACCCCCCGCCCCACCACCCACUCACUUCUACCCCCAGCAACUCCUCUCUCUCCUCCAAUUCCCUGGAAGGGACCUGUUGCUAGUGGUGCAGAUGAGUCAAGUUUAUGGGCUGGAAGUCCUAUCCAGAGGCUGCUCACUCAUCUGUAACCAACUGGCCACAGGGCAGAUGGGGAUGGUGGAGCAAGGGACAGGGCAUCCCACUUGCUGCCACCAUUGCCCUGACCUCGCCACUAACUCUGAUGCUUAGUGAUCCCUCUCUCUGCCUCACUCCUGCCCCACCCCAAUCCUAAUGCUCUGGUUUCCCACCAGGCUUCGAGCAUCUGAAGACAGAGACCCCUCUCCUGCACCUGAGCACCCACUUCUAGCACCUGGCCCUAGCCCAGAGGAGGCUGUCAGCUUUGGCUGACCACUACACCAGCCACACCCCGUCUUCCCUUUUGGCUAGUUUAGAGGCCUUGCCAGUAGAGGCAGGGGUGGGCAAGAUGCUUUGGGGCUGGAUGGGUCAUUCUUUCAGUUUAAACAGGCAUAAGCACAGCUGCCCAAGGGGGCCAAGCGGGUAACAGAAAUGGGUGAAGUGGCCUGUGGGGAGGUCCUCACUCCAGCUGGUCACUACCAUAUAGGACAUAGGUAUUGCCACAACUGAUUUCUUAAGAGAAGCCAGAAAUAGAAAUUUUAAUUGGCCAUUAAUUGAAAAAAAAAUGUGUAUACAGCUUAAUCCAUUUGGCUGCAACCUCUAGAUUAAUAAGUAUUCCCAAGAGGACAGUGACCCGCAGCCCCACCCUAACUCUAGCCACCCCAUCUCCUGUCCAGGCAUGUCGGCCGUUGCUCCAGAUUUUCCCUGUCCCCAGACCCAAGAUGACACCCAACAGCACCAGGGAGGUGCCCGGUGCUGUUCCCAUGGGAGCCUUUGGGCUCUCCCUGGUCCUGGCAAGCCUCAUCGUCGUGGCCAACCUGCUCCUGGCCGUGGGCAUUGCCGGGGACCGCCGCCUGCGUAGCCUCCCUGCUGGCUGCUUCUUCCUGAGCCUGCUGCUCGCUGGGCUGCUCACAGGGCUGGCACUUCCCACACUGCCAGGCCUGUGGAGCCAGAGCCGCCGAGGCUACUGGUCCUGUCUCUUCCUCUACUUAGCUCCCAACUUCUCCUUCCUCUCCCUGCUCGCCAACCUGCUGCUGGUGCACGGGGAGCGCUACAUGGCAGUGCUGCGGCCUCUCCGGGCCCCUGGGAGCACUCGCCUGGCCCUGCUCCUCACCUGGGCUGGCCCCCUGCUCUUCACCAGCCUGCCCGCGCUGGGGUGGAACCACUGGGCCCCUGGUGCCAACUGCAGCUCCCAGGCUGUCUUCCCAGCCCCCUACCUCUACCUCGAAGUCUAUGGGCUGCUGCUGCCUGCCGUGGGUGCUGCGGCCCUUCUCUCUGCCCGUGUGUUGAUCACUGCCCAUCGCCAGCUACAGGACAUCCGCCGGCAGGAACGGGCAGUGUGCCGCGGGGUGCCCUCGGCCCUGGCCCGGGCCCUUACCUGGAGGCAAGCAAGGGCACAGGCUGGAGCCACACUGCUCUUUGGGCUGUGCUGGGGACCCUACGUGGCCACCUUGCUCCUCUCAGUGCUGGCCUAUGAGCAGCGCCCACCGCUGGGGCCUGGAACUCUGUUGUCCCUUGUUUCACUGGGCAGUGCCAGUGCAGCGGCAGUGCCUGUGGCCAUGGGGCUGAGUGAUCAGCGCUACACAGCUCCCUGGAGGGCAGCUGCCCGAAGAUGGCGCCGGGUGCUGCGGGGAAGAGCCUCCCGGAGCAGUCCUGGCCCCGGCACUGCCUACUGCACCAGCAGCCAAAGCAGCAUGGACCUGGACUUGAACUAGGGGAAGGGCCUCCACUUACUCCUACUAGAAGCAUCCAUCCAUCUCAGCCACGCCUGUCUCCACUUGUCCGCACACCCCAGGAUCAGAGACCCUGCCCUUUUUUAUUGGUGGAAUAAAGCUCCUCUGGCCGAG